AUGGACGGGUCCAAGGCCCCGAGCGAGGGGGCCGCGGCGGAGGACGGGUCCCAUGGCGCUCGCGGGGACAGGAGCAAGUUGCCCGCUGCCCAAGACGGCGGCUCCAGUUCCGGCGCCGGGUCCUCGAGGGUGCCCGCCGCCUACGGCGCCUACGACAAGUCGCCGGGGGCCAAGCCCAGGGUCACCUUCCACGAUCCCACCAUCCCGCGCCCGCAGGAUCAGUACAAGAUCAUGGUCAACAACCACAGCGUGCCCUUCGAUCAUGUCUGGCUAGACCAGACCGACGACGGCAGGCCUAUCCACCCCUUGGAAAAACUAAAUGCGGAACAGUUUAUUGACAGAAAUGCUCCUGAAACUGAACCAGUAAGGCCAGCUGAUGUAGAGGAUACCCCGUUUACGCUAGUAGAAGACCAGAAAGGCUUGACAGCAUUAGUUAACAAGUUGAAGGAUGUAAAUGAAUUUGCUGUCGAUUUGGAGCAUAAUCAGUAUAGAUCAUUUCAGGGUUUGACCUGCUUGAUGCAAAUUUCAACAAGAACAGAGGACUUCAUUAUUGAUACCCUUAAGCUACGCAUAAUAAUCGGUCCCUACUUGACAGAACAUUUUAAAGAUCCAACCAAGAGAAAGAUAAUGCACGGGGCAGAUCGUGAUAUAAUGUGGCUCCAACGGGACUUCCGACUAUAUGUGUGCAAUCUUUUUGACACAGGACAGGCUUCAAGGGUCUUAGAGAUGGAGCGAAACAGCUUAGAAUACCUAUUGCGUCACUUUUGUGGAGUCACAGCAAAUAAAGCAUAUCAAAAUGCAGAUUGGAGGUUAAGGCCACUCUCUGAUGAAAUGAUCAAGUAUGCUAGAGAAGAUACACACUUUCUGUUCUAUAUAUAUGACUUGAUGAGACUUAGACUACAACAAGAGUCUACAUCUGAAAGGGAUCUUCUUCUAGAGGUUCAACAGCGCAGUAAUGAAAUUUGCUUACAGUUGUAUGAAAAGGAGCAGCUGACAGAUAAAUCUUAUCUCCACAUAUACGGGUUGCAGGAUCAUGAAUUGAAUGCAAAACAGCUGGCUGUUGUUUCUGCUCUAUAUGGAUGGAGAGAUUUCGUAGCUCGUGAACAAGAUGAGAGCACUGGUUAUGUAUUGCCAAACAAGGCUUUGAUUGAGAUAGCAAAGAAGAUGCCUACAACUGCUGAAGAUUUGCGAAGAAUCGUGAAAUCAAAAUAUCCAGUUGUUGAUGCUAAUUUCGAAAUAAUCUUGGAAAUCGUAUGGAAUGCAACUGGAGAUUCUAAUGCCUUUGAAGCAAUAGCUGAGCAAUUAAAGAAGGUCCAGCUUGGGCAGUUAGACUUGAAUAAUAUACUGGACACUGGUGAAGUUAUUGAAAUGGCUCCUAGGGGUGCUGAUAAUGUUAGGAUCAGUCUUGAUUCAGCUGAUCAAUAUUCCGUAGCUCCUUCAUCGACUGCAAAUAUCAGAGUUACUUCUAACAGUACGGAUAAUGUUAGGAUCAGUCUCGAUUCAGCUGAUCAAUAUUCUGUAGCUCCUUCAUCGACUGCAAAUAUCAGAGUUACUUCUAACAGUACGGAUAGUUUUACUACUGAUGCUACUUUGACUGGUAGCAUGUGGCUACACGACAAGAAGAAAACCAUACCAUCAUCUGAAAUUAAGAUCUCCAGGACCCUAUCAGGCCUGAGUAGACCAUUUAAUAAGGAAGCGAUGAGCAAUAAUAAGCAAGAGACUUUUGGAGCUCUGGUAGCCGAUCCAAUACCUGUCAUGCAGACACCUGUCAUGCAGACACCUGUUAUGCAGACAGGUUACUUUGGAGGAUAUUCAAAUGAGCAGGCUCAAAGCGAUGUUGAGUCUUCAGCUUAUUACUACACCCAGUUUCCAGAAUAUAGCAGUUCUGGUGGGUGGAUCCCUCAGGAUCUUCAGGGCAUACCGACCUCUGGGUAUCAUGAUGGUUGUUAUUACGGGCAUCAACCAUCGAUAAACCAAAGCAGUACAGGAACAGGUCAGGCUGCUGGUAGAAAUAAUGCAGGGGGUUUCCAGGACUGGAGGAAGCAACAGUCUUCACCUCAUCCGGGGCAACCCAAGUGAUAGUGCUCCGCCUAUAACUGUGGCACAUAAACCCCGCUGAUUCAUCAUCCUGUUGUGCAGAAAGUAGUUAUAGAAAAAGAGAUUAGAAAACUGAGCCGGUUGGUUUUCGGGACUAACAGAAAUGCGAGAAUAGCCUGUAACAUUUGAGUCGUUGACUGUAUGUAGAUGCAGGACAUGUAAGCUGUCAUCUGAAUUGAUUGUGUCUGUAUGUAACAACUGAGACAUGGUGUGCUGUGCCAUGGUGGUGAACUUGCACAGGUGGUAUACUGUAAAACUGGUACAGAUAGCAGAGGUUAAAGAGAAACCAAAACUUUAGAUAC